AUGGCUGACCUCAAGUUGAUACCAGUUGAAAUGUUGCAAAUUGUACCCUAUUACAGCGGUGAUAGGAGACUUUUAAGCUUUUUCUUGAAGAAAUGCGAGUUCGUCUAUAAUCUGUAUAAGGGUGACGAAACACAAAAUAUAUAUGUCAUGCACGCCCUCACCAGUCGCUUGACUGAUAACGCCGCGGCGAUGGUGAGCGACAGGGAAGACCUGAACACGAUGGAGAAACUGAAGAAGUUCCUGCUUCUCCACUUCGGUGAUUACCGCAACGAAGAUUUCAUAGCUGCAGAGUUAGAACACCUGAAAAUCAAAUACGGCGAGACUUAUCCCGAUUUUUGCAACCGAAUCCGGUCUGCUUUAUAUGUAUUACUGUCUAAAGCUAAUGAGAUAGAAGAUGAGAGAAUGAGACAGUGUAAAGUUGAUAUAUAUAACAAAAUGGCUAUUAAUGUAUUUCUGUAUAACUUACCAACUGAAAUUGUCAGGAUUGUCAGGUUGAGAGGGCCUGGAACGCUGGAAGAGGCUCUUGGGAUAGUUUUGGAAGAAACACACUUCUAUGAACAUUAUAAUACGCAUAAUAAAGAUAAUAUCAUAAAAUAUGGUAUUAAUGCAAGCAGUAACCCAUAUACUGGCCAAGGAUCGAGAUCACAUACUGGUAUUACAUUUGGUGGACCCCAAAAUAGCAUAGGGUCGGUUGCAUUCGGUGUAGCAUCAGGUAGUUCAGGUACAUUUGGUGGGAACGCACAACCUCAGGGUGGGAUCCUCUUUGGAGCUCCGAAGCCAGGACCCACUCUGACCCAACAGCCAGGUCAAGAUAAAACAGAUGUUAAGCCUUUCCCCAACUUUCCGAUUAACAAAUAA